ACCAUGCUGCGUGGAUACAUUUACUUUGCUGGCUUGGCCCCUUGGUGGUGGCUCAUGGGGAGUCUCUUUGCCAGGUGUGGGGCCACCAAGGGCAGUGUGCCCCGACUUCGCCUCUCAUAUAAAGAUCUUUUGGCCACUAACCGCUCAGUCGUGUUCCUUGGUCACCGAGGAAUUUUAGACUUUCGGUCUUUGUACCUCGAUGAAUAUCGUGACCGCCUGUUUAUUGGAGGAAAAGACACACUCUACUCUCUUCACCUGGAUCAAACCAAUACGGAUGCCAAGGAGAUUUACUGGCCAUCUCUCUCUGGACAGAAGGAAGAAUGUUUUCGGAAAGGUAAAGACCCAGUGACAGAAUGUGCCAACUACAUCAGAGUACUCUAUCCUUUAAAUCGGACACACCUGUUGGCCUGCGGGACUGGCGCUUUCCAUCCCAUCUGUGCUUCCAUCUAUGUGGGACACCGAGGAGAGCAUGUGUUCAACUUGGAUCCUACAAGUAUAGAAAGUGGCCGGGGCAGAUGUCCUCAUGAGCCCAAUAGGGCAUUUGCAAGUACUUUCGUUGGUGGAGACUUGUAUACAGGACUAACAGCAGAUUUCUUGGGCAGGGACUCUGUGAUCUUCCGAACAAUGGGACACCGUUCUUCUUUACGCACUGAGAUGGAUCAACGUCAGCUUAACGCCCCUAAAUUUGUUGCUGCUUAUCUGAUCCCAGACAACGAUGAUUGGGAAAAUGACAAGGUCUACUUUUUCUUCACUGAGAAGGCAGUAGAGGCAGACAGCAAAGGACGUGCCAUCUUUAGCCGUGUUGGGAGAAUCUGUGUGAAUGAUGCAGGAGGACAACGAGUGCUAGUCAACAAGUGGAGCACUUUCAACAAGGCUCGGCUGGUGUGCUCUGUCCCAGGACCAGAUGGCAUAGACACAUACUUUGAUGAACUGGAGGAUGUCUUUCUCCUGAGGACUAAAGAUGGGAAGAGCCCAGAGGUAUAUGCACUAUUUAGCACGAUCAGUAAUGUCUUCAAGGGGUUUGCUGUCUGCGUUUAUCGUAUGGCAGACAUCUGGGAGGUUUUUAAUGGGCCGUUUGCCCAUAAAGAUGGGCCUGAUCAUCAGUGGGCAGCUUAUGAGGGCAAGGUGCCAUACCCAAGGCCAGGAGUGUGCCCCAGCAAAACCACCAACCAACCAAGGCAGCAGUACUCCUCCACUAAGGAUUACCCUGAUGAGGUUCUUCACUUUGCACGUGCUCAUCCACUGAUGAGCAAACCCGUGUACCCGCUACAUCGUCAGCCUGUGCUAGUGAAAACCAACCUGCAGCACCGCCUACAGCAGAUAGUGGUGGAUCGUGUGGAAGCUGAGGAUGGGCAGUAUGAUGUCAUGUUCAUUGGCACAGAUGCUGGCUCAGUAUUGAAGAUCAUAGCCCUUCAGAAAGGGAAUUUUGCAUCAGCUGAAGAAGUAAUUUUGGAGGAACUCCAGGUGUUUAAGGCACCAGUUCCUAUUACUGAGAUGGAAAUCUCCGUCAAGCGACAAAUGAUCUAUGUGGGCUCCCGGGUGGGGGUUGCCCAAGUGAAACUGCAUCAGUGUGAGACCUAUGGCACAGCCUGUGCAGAGUGUUGCCUGGCACGGGAUCCUUACUGUGCCUGGGACGGCUUCUCUUGCACCAGAUACCAGACAUCAGGCAAGCGACGUUUCCGCCGGCAAGACAUCCGCAGUGGGAACCCUGUGCACCAGUGCCUUGAUCAAAAUUUAACAGUGGAUGACUUUGACAACACAGAAGAAAAGGUGGUGUAUGGGACAGAACACAACAGCACCUUCUUGGAGUGCAUCCCUAAGUCUCCCCAGGCUACAGUGCAGUGGUUCGUGCACCGAUCCCCAGAGGAACUCAGAGAUGAGGUGAAAACAGAUGAGCGGAUCAUGAAGACAGAACAAGGUCUCCUCUUUCGGAAGCUCUUCCGCCAGGAUGCUGGAAUGUAUUACUGCAAGACUCAGGAGCAUGGCUUCACUCAGAUGGUCACCAAAAUCAUGUUGGAGGUGAUUGAGAGCGAGCAGCUGGAGCAGGUCUUCCAGCGGGAGGAGGAAGAGUCACCCCGGCCACGCUGCCUGGUGCCUGAUCCCCGCCUGCUGCAUGGGCAAAGGUUGUGGUUCAAAGACAUCAUGCACCUCAUUGGCUAUGCCAACCUGCAGAGAGUGGAGGAGUACUGUGAGCGUGUGUGGUGUGGAGACCAUCACCUGCGGCACAAAGGCAAGCCCCCCAAAAGCAAGAACAUGCUUGAUGGUGGCAAGAAGGGGAGAGGCAAGCAGCACAGUGAGAGGAACCGGGUGCCAAGGGAAGCAGCAGCCACAUAAGACGAAGGAGAGCCCACAUGUGGUGAGAGGAGAACAUGACAGGAGGAAGGCAGGUAUGGACCAGCCUCCCUCCUCAUACGUGAGAAUCAACUUCUCUAGGAAUUGUCCUCAUGGUUUGUUCAGGUGCGGAUGGAGAGAGACCGCCUUGCUGAUCAGCUGAGCCUGGAGACAUUUUUUGCUAGAAGCACACUACUUCCCUCUGCUAUUAAGCAUCAGAGUCAAAAGAUGCCAAAGCACUUCAUUCCUAUCACAUUUCAUUGGCCUUCACUCAUACAUCAGGACAUUAUGUUUGUACCAGGACUGGAAAUGGGAAUGGCAUAAUUCACAAGAGCCUGCUUUCUCCCAAUGUAGUUCAUAUUCAGUGUUGAUCUCUGACAAUACAAUGGGCCUCCUGGUGCAGCGGCAUGAGCAUUAACCACGUGGCCGGUUAAAGGCGCAGAUGACAUGUGGUAGAGAGAGGCUCCUCAGCCAAUGCACUGCUCAGAAUUGUGGGUGGAAUGGUAGGGGGCUGCUGCUGAAAUUGAACUUGUGUGGACAGAGGUCCCCUAGAGGAAGAAAGGACAGCAGCUUGAGCUGUAAGCAAGUGACCAGGUUUCCCCCCGGGAAAGAACAGAUGUCUUAUUCCAAGGGGGCUUCCCCUGUGACAAAUGAUGAGAAUGAAUGAUGAUCUCUGAGCUGGAGGAUCUAAUUAUCAAAUUAUGUGUAGAUCCUGGGAAUCAAAUUGUCCAAAGCUUGUUCUGUGUCUGGCUGGCGGGGGGAAAGUUUUCACACUUGAGUCUUCAAGCAGUUUCUCUGUUCCAGACUGAUGUAUAAUUAUGAAUGUUAAAUUGGCUUUAGAAAUGAUACUCUUCCACUUUUUCUUCCAUGUGAAUAAUGCUUAGAUGUUAACAUAAAUCAUGCAAAAGAGGAUCAAAAGUAAAUGAUGGGCCAAACUAAAUAUUACAUAGUAGGUGCAUAUAACUUUAGCUCUGAUGACUUCUUCUCUGUUGCAAAAUGCCCUCAAGAAAGGGCACCGGGAAAGGAGCAGGGUGAAGUGCAGUGUUGAAGCCAUCUCCUGCCACUGGCCUUCUUCUCUGUAACUCCCCCUCCCCAAGCUGCUUUUACCCUCGUGCAGUUCCAGACUUGUGUUUACAAGGUAAGCGUGGGUUUAGAUGGCUGGUGGGGUAAAAGCAGCUUGAUGUGGGGAGAGUGUCAGGUGACAAGCAGGUGAUGUGACCUCUUUUCUGGUGCAAAGCAUCCCCUCCGGAGAGUGCUUCACAACACGAAGGAGCUAGCUGACAUUACACAUGACUGAACUGUAACAUACAGUUUGGCCCUCAGCCUUACGUGUGAAAGCACCCAACACUUUGUAUGGCAUCUCAUACCAUCCAGAACAGAUUUAAAUGCUAACUUUUUAGCCUGCACAAAGGAUUCUCCUACUCUGUGUCUUUCAGUCAUUCUUGGAAUUAUUCUAUCAGUGUUCUCUGGGCCAUGUAACCGUUCUAUGACCCAGUGAAGGCUAUUUACCUUAACUGAGCGCCAUCUUUCAUUCUUGUGUCUCAGACUGUGUUGAUCCCUUAGAUGAAAUUGAUUAAACACCAACAGCUGAACCAAAAGGCAACAAAUAAAUUAAAUCCUUAUGCAGCAAGCUCAGGCUUGGGUGGCAAGCUUCCUCUUUUGUUUUCAGUGAUUUGGCAUUAAUCAGCACAAUGAAUGGGCUCAUAGCAAGCUGCGCCUGGGACUGAGAUUUAUAGCAAAAAUCUUUUCUUACAACGCCAUUAUGUGAUGAAACGUAAUUCUGUUUUCCUCAAACUCACUCAGAACAAUGUAUGUGUCCAGAAUUGAGACAAUUAAAACUCAGGUUCUGAUUUUGUGAAGAGAUUAGGGGGUCUAGUUAUGCAUGGAAUCCCCUUGAAAUGAGAUGUCCCACAGGUAACUAGUUUAUAAAAAUAUGUCUAAACAUCCCUUGGCCCUGAGUGCUUUGAAGGGGGCAGAUAAAGAUCAUUGUGCUUUGCUGGAAGCAGGGCUGUCUCCAAACAGCUUCCUGCAUUGUAGGUUGUGCAGUUUAAAUGCUGAACCAGGCAAGAAGCAGGACAGAGUGCCACUCCCCACAGAACAGUAGGGGUAGGAUUUGGAGCAGCAGUCUCUGGGCAAUGCCUCACUGGAACUGUGCCAUCUUUACCCAUCUAAAGGUGGUGGGCCAGGGGGAAAUAAUCAGGGGGAAAUAAUCAGGCAUUGGCAUAGCCCCCAUGGUUCUUACUAAUUAGGAUCAAUAAUCAAUUAGGAUCAAUAAUACUACAUUGCUUAUCACAAACAGCAAAAUACCUAUUUUUAUGUGCUAUUGAAAGUACAUCUUUUGAAAAUUGCAAUACUGCAAAAUUGGUCCAGUGCUGACAAAUGUCCUGGCUACGUAUGAUAGGAAGAGACUGGAGCCACUUAUCCUGCCCACCACUAGAAUCUGUCUAAUCUCUGAGCCCAUCAAAUGUGUAUGAUGGGUCCUUAUUUUUAUAGAGCCUUUUAAAAAUUAUCCAGUUCACAUAGGCUGCUACCAUACCAUAGAAUGCAAAGGGAUUAAAGAGGAAAUCCACAUGGUACGGAUGUUGCUGGGGCCUUCCCUUUUAAUUGAGAGAAAAAACAAACUUUUUUCCUCUGGGUUGAAGGGGAAUUUUUGGAGCACUUGUGCAGGAUUGUUUAUGUGGACCAAAAUGGAGUAGCGGACAGGGCUGGGCGCCUUUUCCAAAAUGGCACAGAGCAGCUUGCUUUAGUGUGUCUUUCUCCCUCUCUCUUUGUAGCCCUUUGAAGGACCUUUUUCCUUUUCCUUCUGAGCUGUGCUGUGGUGUUUCAGCACCGCUUGGGGAGGAAAGGAAAAGUAAGGGGAAAGGGGAAAUUUCAGGUUGGUGGGCAGUGGUGACAGCGAACUGGGCAAGAACAGGGGUGUGGGGUGCUGUUCCCAUAUCACUUGCUGCUGCUGUCGUCAGAGAGGGAGUGUUUUUGUACUCGUGUGUGGAAGAAGCCAUAGACUCAAACUCUCGAUUUUAUAUACCACAUAAAACUUGGGAACUGUUGACAGUAUUCAAACCUACUUUCGCUAGAUUUUUCAGUAGGCCCUGUAUAAAUGUGACACCAGUGCAAACAAGUCCAAAAGGCCCAAGGGCAGGGCAGCCACUUGUGUGGGUGGCGCACACCUGAUCCUGUUCCCCUAUUCUACUUGUCCAAUAAGUCAGUCAGCAGCAGCCUAUGAUCAAAAUAAAACCAGUCUAUACAGUAUGUGAAUGUAUUUCAGCUGUUGGUCUUCAUCAGCAGUUUGUACAUGUCAAAUUAAAUACUAUAUUUAAGAAGAAGGAGUUUUCCUGGUACAUGGAGGAACCAACUAGCUAUAAGACUCUCCAGUAUGAGUUGGGUUCAUAUUUGGAGUUAGGUUAAUGUUUGUUUUGCUUUAUAUUGAAUUACUUGACAUUUAACAAUAUUCUUGGUACAGAAGAUCUCUAUAUCACAUAAAUAAAGACUCUGUAGGUGCAGACCAAGAUAUCUAUUUGGUCUAGCUUCUAUAUUUGAAAAAUUAUGGUAAUUCUGCUUUUACCAAGGUACUAGUUAGAACUUCAAUGGACCAGGGUAGGAAUCCUGGUUCUUAACACAUCCUAGGACCAUACUACCAUCUGACAGCAAUAAUCUUUUAACUGAGUGAACAACAAAGUGUUUGUUUCAUAUCACCAUGUUAAUCUAUAUGAUUGUAAUAGACAUCAUCUAAAUUACCAGGGAUGUGUGGGUAAUAAGAUCUUUUAACAUUGCUGAUCCUAAGAGUUAUUUCCUAUAUUAGAACUAUAUGAGUUGAUAGGAGUAUAUUGCCAUUCAUGAUUUUCCAAAGCUUUCUCCAGUGUUCCUGUUGUCUCUCUUUUGACCAUUCCUCUAAAAUCAGUGGAAAGAGGGCCACUGCAGCUGAAAAAAUAAGGGUUCUGUCCAGCUAGCCAAGGGGCAACCUCUCCUUUGUGCCGAUACAGUUUACCUACACUGAGAUUUUCAGGAGUGGUCAGUGUUAAGGAUGGCAAGAUAAAAUGGGGGUAGCAAAGAUAGCAGAUGAGCAGUAUUAAGGCACUGCGCUGUAGUUGCUGGGGAAUAAAAGAGAGAGGAGUGAAAACAGUGGGACAUACAUGCAAACACAAUUGUCAUCUAACGGCACAUGUUCUAUAAUACAACUUGUAUUCUAAAAUCUAGUAACUAUCCUUUCCCUAAUGAUAACUUCCAGUUUGAGGAUUGGAAGCAAUGGAAACAACUUUCAUCUCCUCUGUGUUAAGGGACUUGCAGUGCAAUGCUAAGAAUAGUUACUCCAACCUAAGCCUAUUGAAAUCAAUGAGCUUGGACUGGAGUAACUCUCCUUAGGAUUGCCCUGUUAGGCUGAUAUGAAGAAAGAAAGGGUUUACAGGGUAUGUUUGCAUCUUCUCUAUAGGUCACCUUGUAACCCUGGUAUAUGGAUUCUGUGUUUUGUUCCAUGAAGUGAUGGGUCUUCCCUCUGUUUACAAAAAAGUUGUUAUGCAUCACAGACUGCUCUUUGGAAAGACACCUCUGAAUGUCUAUGCAGCAAAGAUUUCUCUGAGAGAAGAUGUGUUUGCUGUUAUUGGUUGGGGUGGGAUUUGGAUGGAAAAGAAGUGUUAAUACCAUGACUCUCAUAUCUGUGCAUGUCCUGUAGCAAAACUCAAGCUCACACUUCCUUAAGCCUCACUUGUUAUUCCAAGGAGAAGGGCAUCCUAUAAGCUUGCUCUGAGAAUAAAAUUUGGUGUCAAAUGGUUGUUUUUCUCAACAUGAUCUGUACAAGACUGUGGAAACGGAAAAUAUUGCAUAUUGUCUGAUGAAAUCCUAAAUAAAUGAGGAGGAACAGUUUAAUGAUGUCUCUUUCAGAAAUAUAAUUUAGGCAGGAGGAAAUAGAGUUCCCUGAGGUCAGAUAAGCCCUGUGAAUACAAUAGUUCUAUGUACAUACAAACUAGGGUGA